AUGACACUUCCAGUAGUCGAUAACAUGAAAUAUGUUGUAGUAGCAAUCGAUUAUUUUUCUAAAUGGUCCGACGCAAGAGCACUUCCAGAUAAAAGUGCAGAAUCAGUUGCUCGCUUCCUGUACGACGAUAUAAUCUGUAGACAUGGCUGUCCUUUAAUUCAUAUUACUGAUCAAGGAAGAGAAUUUCUUAACAAACUCAUAUCAGAAUUGUUUCGCUUAACUGGUACCAAGCAAAGAGUGACUUCGGCGUAUCAUCCUCAAGCGAAUGGUUUAGUUGAACGCCAGAACAGAACUAUAAAAAACUGCUUCCUCAAAGUUCUGCAAGAUAAUAGUAAUAAGUGGUCUUAUAUUUUGCAAGGUGUACUAUUUGCACAUCGUACGACUCAACAUACUUCAACAAAUUUUUCUCCUUUCCAAGUCUUAUAUCCAAGAGAACCCGUAUUGCCUGUUGAUAUUUGUAAUUUAAAAUCAACCGAAGAAGGCAUGAUAAUAUCUGAUGAUCUUAGUAUCAUAUCCUAUGAUGACGUAUUUGAUAAAGUUGUUUUUCAUAAAACAUUUGAAAAAAUGUUAAAUAUGAGGAGUAUAAUGGAAGAUAAAGUCCAUACAAACAUAGAAAAUGCUCAAGUACGGCAACGAGUUUCAUACAACAAACGCCAUAAAACUGAUAGUGUGUUUAAUGUGAAUGACAAGGUUUUACUGAGAAACCCCAAGAGAGAUGACCGUAAAGGAGGUUGGAGUUCACUUCCCUGGAAACCAAAAAUUGGUUAUUAUAUUAUUGAUUCCAUAAAUUCAAAUAAAACCUGUGUCCUAAUGUAUAGAGGCAAAGUUAUGAAAACAAGGCAAAACUUGUCAAAUUUAAAACAUUAUUUUGAUAAAGAUGUAUAA